AUAUCAUCGAACAAAGUGUGACGUCACGGUUGGGCAGCCAUGAUAAUUUAUCAUUAGAUUCCGACAGUACAGUCUAAACACUCAAGUGAACUGUCACUUGUGUCGUCGAAUAACAGAAGUGGUGUGUACUGGUGAUAACUGUGACUGACAUGGAAACUAUUUUCCCUUUGUUAUUUUAAACAGGAACUGGUGGAAACUUUGUAAACAGUUUUGGCGAGUUGUCAAACUCAUUGUUGUUUUGGGUACUGUGCUCUUUGUAAGACUUUGUGAUCCGAUCAAACGGAGCUGAGAGGAUUAUGCCGAAGGAACGUCCCACUAGUGCGCAAUCCCGCACGGCAUGGAUAGAUGACAUGGAUACUUACGGAUCAGGAGGUCAUGCAAGGCCCGAUAGCCAAUUCGAAUUUCGGGCCAGAGAGGACGCUGAUCUACCAAUGGAGAACGAGUUUGGUCAGAAACCUGGAUCAAGAUCAGACCGGGGAAAGGAGCAAACACAAGUUGCUAGGCCAAAACCUGUCGGCAUAUUUGGCAAAAUUGGAAGGGGAAUCAGAUCACUAUGGGCUACCCGUCAGACAGAAGAGACCAAAGGCAACCGGGAACUUCAUGUAAAGACCACUCUCAGAGAACUGAUCAUCUACAUUGUGUUUCUGGUCAUUCUCUGUGUCGUGACCUUUGGAAUGACCUCAACCAAAAUGUACUACUACACCAAGGUUAUGAGUGACCUGUUCCUCUCUACCACUCACAGUGGCGGUGGCACCUUCCAAACCCUCACAAAUGUUGAUGACUUCUGGAAGUUCAGCCGGGAGACUCUGCUGAAGGGACUGUACUGGGAAAAAUGGUACAAUGGAGAUGACAUCACCAACCCUGAUGACCUUGGCUACAUCUACUACGAAAACAAGCUACUUGGUAUACCACGUUUCAGACAACUGAAGGUCAGCAGCAAUUCCUGUGUUGUUCAUGAGGACUUCAAGGAUGUCAUUCGUCAUUGCUAUGACUCAUACUCAGAUAACUUGGAAGACAAAACAUCUACCACUGCAGACCACCCAGGUUACACAGCGUGGACGUAUAAAACAGAAGAGGAACUGGAUGGCUCGAGCCACUGGGGUCAGCUGACGACUUACAGUGGCGCAGGUUAUGUCCAGGAGCUGGUCGGGAACAACUACACCUCAGCGAAGGCGCUGGUUGACCACCUGUUUAAUGAGCGAUGGAUAGACCGAGGCACAAGGGCUGUCUUUAUCGACUUCACUGUCUACAACGCCAACAUCAACCUCUUCUGUGUCGUAAGGUUCCUUGUUGAGUUCCCGGCAACAGGUGGCGCCAUCCCCUCCUGGACAUUCCGAACUGUGAAGCUGAUCCGCUACGUGACUGUUCAGGAUUACUUCAUCAUGGCUUGUGAAUGCAUCUUUGUCCUCUUCAUUGUUUACUACAUUGUAGAGGAAUCCCUUGAGAUCAAGAAGCACAAACUGUCCUACUUCAAGAACGUGUGGAACAUCCUUGACAUACUGGUGAUCCUGUUAGCCAUCCUUUGUGUUGCGUUUGAUGUAUAUCGGACAGUGGAAGUGGACAACAAGCUAAGUGUACUACUGGAGAAUCCAGACAAAUUCGCAGACUUUGAGUUCCUCAGCUACUGGCAGACCAGAUUCGACAAUGCGAUUGCCAUAGCAGUCUUCCUGGCCUGGAUCAAGAUCUUCAAGUACAUCAGUUUCAACAAGACAAUGACCCAGCUGUCGUCCACACUUGGGCGCUGUGCCAAGGACUUGGCUGGUUUCGCUGUCAUGUUCUUCAUCAUCUUCCUGGCUUUCACACAGCUGGGUUAUCUCCUCUUUGGCACACAGGUGAAGGACUUCAGCAAUUUCCAGAACUCCUUCUUCACACUGUUCCGUAUCAUCCUUGGAGAUUUUGAUUUCCAUCAACUGGAAGCAGCCAAUCGUGUUCUUGGUCCGAUCUUUUUCAUGCUGUUUGUGUUCUUUGUGUUCUUCGUGCUGAUCAACAUGUUCUUGGCCAUUAUCAACGACACCUAUUCUGAGGUGAAGGGUGACAUGGCAAACCAAAAGAACGAGUUUGAGAUGGGAGACUAUUUCAAGAGGGGAUACAUGAAGAUGGUUGAAAAAAUCAACUUCAAGCGUGACAAGAUCGUUGACAUCCAGGAAGCUCUGAAAACUGCUGACAUUAACCAGGAUCAUAAACUGGAAUUUGAUGAAUGGCGCACAGAUCUGAAAACUCGUGGGUAUGCUGAUAGUGAAAUUGAGGCUCUAUUCGCCAAAUACGAUGUUGAUGGUGACCGUAUCUUGGAUUCUGCAGAACAGAAACGAUUGACAAAUGAUCUGGAGGAACAGACGACUGCUAUAAAUAAAGAAUAUGACAAUUUAGAGAAGACAGGGCACAGACCAGGUACAGCACGUAGCGGAAUUAGUGAAAAUGAUGAUACUGGAGACGAAUCUGAUGACGACGAAAGUGGCACCAAAUCUUCACGCUCUGGACGGGCAUCAAGUGGGGUUUCAUAUGAAGAAUUCACAGUCCUCUCUCGGAGGGUAGAUAGAAUGGAACACUCCAUAGGCAGCAUAGUUUCAAAAAUAGAUGCUGUAUUAGUGAAAUUAGAAGCCAUGGAAAAAGCUAAAUUAAAAAGAAGGGAAACAAUGGGAAAAAUACUUGACAGUAUAACAGAGUCUGAUGGUAAUAGUGAUGAAAUGAAAAGAGAACAGAUGGAAAAAUUAGUUCGUGAAGAAUUAGAAAGAUGGGAUUCAGAAACUUCAUUUAGCCCUAGUGGCCGAGGGGCAUCACCUGGUAGUGGCAACAGUUCUCGUGGGGUCAGAGCACGAUCCCGACCAAAUUCAGGAAAUCCUGUGCUCUCCUAGAGAGGCGCAUCCUCAGUCCUCUGAAGUCUAAUGGAUUUCAUAUAUGACAGAGGAUACCAAAGCAAUGUUUAAACAGAAAACUAAAGAGAUCAACGCUGGAACACUUUUUAAUCUCUAUCAUUCCUGCCUGGUGUUAUGUAGAUGUAAAUUUAAUGUACUUAUUUAGUUCUGCGAUAUUGUUUGUUUUAAUCGCUACAAUGGUUCAGGAAAACAGAAUCAUGACCAGAAAUUCAUACAGAAAUGCAUCGUUGAAAAAAUGAGGAAUGUUCAUCGUCAUUGAGAUGUAUGUGCAAAGGUGAAUGCGAUGAAAGAACAGUUUGGUCACAGGCAGGAAGACAACGGCAUUGCAUGGUGAAUAACCUGUUUCAGCUUGAGACUAGGCAUACACCACAGCAAGUAAUAUCUACUGUGAACAGAAAGGAGUUUUUCUCUAGGCAUACACCACAGCAAAUAAUAUCUACUGUGAACAGAAAGGAGGUUUUGUCCGGUGAUUUGUACUGUCUCUGUCUUUGAUACAUUAACAUCAUACCAAGUAAAAAUCUGUAGUUUGCUGUCCAUAACGACAACCAUGUUUAGAUAUGUGGCAUGCACAUCAAUAUCAAAAAUCUGAAUGUCAACUUCAGGUCAAUGUGCAUAGAUUAUUUUCACUGCUGAAUUAAGAUAUAUAUGAAAUAUUGAAAAGUCCGUCCAUUUUUAUGCAAACAUUUUGUAUUUAUUGUUAAAUAAUUAUCAGUAUUUUAUUGCAAAACUAUUUUGAAUGUUAAUACUAAACUGCUGAUGGCCUAAAAUUCUUAAAAAUAUAUUGUUAUCAAUGGUCUUACUUAGACUGUGAUUACUUUGUUUGGUAAAACCUGUACUUGGAGAUAUACAGGUAGAGUGUACCUUGGUGGAAGUCUAGUGCUAAUGGUAUGAUUUUACUUAUAGUGCUCAAGUGAUAUAUGUAGGAAUUAAAUUCAUGGAGAAACUAUCUUCAAUCAUGGCAAUAAUGAGAUUUCUGGGAAAGGCUAAGGUCACAUCAAGUUAUUUAUUCCCACCAAUUCCCCGGACUACUGUUAGCACCUACGCAGGAGAACCAGUUAGAUAUUUUCAAGUUGUUUUUCUUGUGAUUGUUUUAUCUAUGUAUGUUAAUUUUAUAUUAUAGAAUAUCUAUAUAUAUUUGCUGUAGAAUCUCCCCUGCAAAAUGGGACCAUAUUAUAUCAUCAAGUCGUUCUUGACCAACUUACAUAUUUUAGUGGUGCAAUUUAUACCUGAUCCAUGUUUCUACUUUUAAUGUUUGAUACGAACAAAACUUAUUUAAUAAAAAUCUGUCCACCAUGUUAUUGUUUAAUAACAAUUGGCAGGUGUUGAUAAACUGAUACCUUUUAAAAAUGAAAAAAAUGGUAAACGUGAUUCUUUUCAUAUUUGAAAAUGGUCCUACCAUUUUGUUGGAAUGCAUUAAUGCAUUGUCUAAAUGCUCUAUCAAAUGCUAGGAGCUUUUUUAAAUUGUCUGAUCUACAAUGUUGUAUAUUUAAUUCAGAUAUAUAUAUAUAUUCUUGUAUUGUAUCCCUGCAACUUGUGGGAAAUGCAGUUGAUAAGUGCUAGUUCUUUGUCAUCUUCCCUGUCCUUACCACCUAUUUCGUUGUUAUCUCCCCUGUCCUUACUACCUAGUUCUUUGUUAUCUCCCCUGUCUAGUUCUUUGUUAUCUCCCCUGUCCUUACUGUCUUGUCUGUUUACUUAGUUCUUUGUUAUCUCCCCUGUCCUUACUACCUAGUUCUUUGAUAUCUCCCCUGUCCUUACUGUCUUGUCUGUUUACCAGGGCAACGGCUUGUACCACACGUGGUUCUAGGAAUAAUGAAACAUCACCUAACAUAUCAAUUGAUAUAUAUAAUAACAAAGUUUAGUGCCGUAUACAUCAAUUUGAUAACAAAAAUAUUAUUGUGUUCAUAAGGGAAAGACUUAUGUAGAAAUAUAUUUAUGCUGAUGUCUCCUUUUAUUCAGAAAAAUCACUAUUAUUUGAAAAUCCAACACACCGUGUAACUUUCUAGUAUUCUUUCUAUUCCCUGUUUUCUGAUCUAACAUAAUUUUGUAUUUCUUGUUAAUUGCUUUCUCUCCACUCUGUUCAGGUAUUUCUGUGAACUGUGAUGUACUGCUAUUCACAUGUUUAACUGACCAACAAUCCUCCAUUGGUCAAUUGUUUGACCAUGUCUCGAGGGGCAGCACCCAUAUCAUGUAUGAACACUUUUACUGUCAGGGCAUACAGCUAGAUUACUGUACAGAUAUACUGUCUGUAGCACUAUAUCAGAAAUCCGUCCAAGGAAACAUCUCUUCACAAUCAUCUCACAGUCCUCUAGGUAGGAACUUGUCUAUAUACAUAUAUGUAUUAGCAAUAGCAACUUACUUAACCACCUGUUGCAAACUUUAGAAGCUUUUCGUAUAAGCAAGUUGAUGAGAAAGCCGAAAAUAUUACAAUUCUGUGUUUCAAGUUUGUAUUUAUUGCCAAUUAAGUUUGGCUUCAAGUGUAGCCUGUUAAAGGUUUUGUAAAAGAAGGAUUGUUGGACUAAAUGAUGGUUGUGAAGAGAAAACGUAGACUUUUACUACUAAAUGUGAUGUAUUUUUUAUUUUACUAUCAAUAUGAGAUAGAUGUUAAUACUUUGUUACAGAGUUGAUUAAAUAUCUUUCAGCAAUAUGAA